AUGGUCUUAAUUGGAGCAGCAAUCGUAACAAAAACAGGGAAACCCCUUUUGGCGAGGGUUUUUAUUUCGGAUAUGACAAAAGCUCGUUUGGAAGGAUUACUGGAUGCGUUCCCAAAAUUGAUUGCUUCUGACAAAUCUCAGCGUCAGCAUACAUUCAUUGAAACAGAUAGCGUCCGUUACGUUUUUCAUCCGUUAGACAGUGUGCAUGUUGUUCUAAUCACUACUAAAGCAUCAAAUAUUUUGGAAGAUCUAGAAACUUUGCGGUUAUUUUCAAGAGUGAUACCGGAGUACUGUCGCUCGAAUGAUGAAAAAGAAAUUCAGGCAAAUUUGUUUGAGCUUAUAUUUGCGUUUGAUGAAAUCGUUGCCUUAGGAUAUCGUGAAAAUGUAAAUCUCGCUCAAAUACGUACAUUUACUGAUAUGGAUUCCCAUGAAGAACGUUUGUUCAAUCAAAUAAAAACUGCGCAGGAACGAGCUGCUAAUGAAUUGAUGACCCAGAAAGCUAUAGAGUUAAAAAAGCUUAAAGCUGAGCAACGAAAAAUGGGGCGUGGUAUAAGUAGCAGUGCUACUGCUAUUAGCUCGUCAUCUGUACCACUGGUGGCCGUUAUUGAUGAUGCAAAUGCAAGAUUAGCUUCCAAACCCAAAAUACCUCCAAGUACACGCAGUAGUGGCAAAGCAUUGAAACUUGGCUCGAAAAAUGUCGAUGGGGAUCAAUUUUUAAAACAGUUGAGGAAAGAAGGCAGGAUUUAUUCUGAAUUUAAAACCCAAUUAAUUGACAAGUCAAAAAUUGUAGGAAGACAAGCUAUUGAAGCAUCUCCUCGUGCAUCAGGUUUUGUCAAUGAUGGUAGUGAAACGAAAAUUGGUUUGUCCGCUUUCGAGCGUUAUCCUGUUCAUGUGAAAAUUGAGGAAAAGUUAUCAGCAUCUGUUUCAAGAGAUGGUGGUUUGGAAAGUGGAGAGGUAGCUUUUACCAUACUUGGAAGUGCUUUCUUAUCUGUAAAUGGCCCUCAGUUUUCUACAGUGUGUAUUAAAAUGGUCAACAACGACAAACAUGGUUCACAGCAGCAGGUGCAUCCAAAUCUUGAUAAGAAUGAAUGGCAGCAAAGGUCAUUAUUGAAACUGAAGUCGGUCCAGAAGCCAUUCCCAGUAAAUAUGGAUGUAGGCGUGCUAAAAUGGAGACUGUUAUUAAGCAAUGAAGCAAUGCUUCCGAUUACAAUCAACUGUUGGCCGAAUGAAAAUCCAGAUGGUUGUGUUGUGAACAUUGAAUAUACACUGCAAGCUGAGUACAUGACUUUGAAUAAUGUUGUCAUCGUAAUCCCCUUACCGCCGGCUUCUGCUCCUCUAAUAUCAGAGUGCGAAGGCACAUAUGAAUAUGUCAAAUCAAGAUCACAGCUUCUUUGGAGUUUGCCUGUUAUUGAUAAGUCCAACAAAAGUGGUUCUCUAGAAUUCAGUACUCCAAAUGGCCAAGUUAACCAUUUCUUUCCAGUCACUGUUCGCUUCUGUAGCACGGAUUUAUUCUGUGAAAUGGGUGUUGGGUCAGUUCAGAAAAUGGAUUCAGACGAGGGAGUACAAUUUUCUUCUGAGACUCGUCUAAUGACAGAGAAGUUCGAAAUUGUCUAA